UCUGACAAUGGGGAUCAUGCUGGCGUCGGUCUCUCCGAUCCCACCGUUGGCAAGGGUCGCCGGGCGAUGCUGGACUUGGUCAACAAGUUACACAGUACAGGGUACCUCCCCCAGAUCGCCGUAAUUGGGUCUCAGAGCGCUGGAAAAUCCUCCCUCAUCGAGUCCAUCUCCGGCGUCACCCUCCCUCGCGCAGCGGGUACCUGUACGCGUUGCCCCACCGAAUGCCGUCUCGCCCGCGCGGAAGGCCGCUGGAAAUGCAGCGUCGCCCUCCGCUUCACCGUCGACGAGAACGGACAGGCUCUCGGCCAGGCGCGCAUCGUCGCCUUCGGGGACGUCAUCUACGACAAGGCGGAGGUGGAGGACCGACUCCGUCGUGCUCAGCGCGCUAUCCUGAAUCCCCGGAUGCGCUCGGACCAUUUCUUGACGACGGAGUCGGAUGAGGUGUCGGAUCCGGAGGGGCAGCUGACGUUCUCGAGCAACUGCGUUGAGCUGCGUAUCAGUGGUCCUGAGGUCGCGGACCUGAGCUUUUGUGAUCUGCCUGGUUUGAUUGCUAGCGUCGGGCGCUCGGGAAACUCGAACGACAUCGCGCUCGUCGAAAACCUGGUCAAGUCGUACAUCAAGAAGCCGAGCUGUGUUAUCCUGCUCACCGUCGCUUGCGAGACGGACUUCGAGAAUCAGGGCGCGCAUCGCCUGGCCAAAGAAUUCGACCCCGAUGGCAAGCGCACCGUCGGCGUCCUCACCAAGCCCGACCGCAUUCCCAGCGGGGAGGAGCACCACUGGAUCUCCUUCAUCAAGAACGAGAAGGAGCCGCUCGAGCACAACUGGUUCUCCGUCAAGCAGCCCAGCUCGCACGAGCUCAAGCAGGGCAUCACUUGGGCGGAGGCGCGCCAGAGCGAGAACAAUUUCUUCUCGUCGACGCCGCCGUGGAGCGAGAUGGACGCCAUGUAUCAGAAGUACCUGAGGACGACGAACCUCAUCAAGCGCUUGAGCGAUAUUCUCUCGGAUCUGGUUGCGAAGAGGCUGCCCGAGAUCCACGACGAGAUUGAGGCCGCCCUGCGCGGUGUAUCCGAGAUGCUCGAGCAGCUUCCGCCCCCUCCAUCUGCGGACCCGCGCGCCGACAUCAUGCGCCUCGUCCACGCCUUCACGAAGGCGGUCGCGGCAGAAGUCGCCGGCGUGCCCGACCCCGACGGUCUUCACCAGAAGCUGCGGCCCGCGCAGGAGACGUUUCGGCGCGCCAUCCGGGGCAGUGCACCCGCCUUCCGCCCAUACGAGCGCCGCUUCGCCAGCGAGCGUUCGUUUUCGUCGCCCGGAUUCCUAGAGAACGAAGACGAGCCGGCGGAGGAUGAGGGGGAGGAGGGCAGGGAGAUCUUCAUCGACGAGGUUCUGGAGGCUGCGGUGCAAGCACGCACGCGCGAGCUUCCAGGGAACUUCCCGUGGGUCGUCAAGCAGGCCUACGUGACGCGGUUCACCCGGCACUGGAACGCACCGGCGUACGCGCUCUGCGACGCCGUCUACCGCGACCUCGCCGUGCGAGUCCGCAAUCUCACCCACGACCACUUCGGCACCUUCGGGCAAGGCCUGCUCGAGCAACGCGUCCGCCUCCUCGUCCAGGAGCUCGUCAAGGCCUGCCUCGAGGGCGCGAAGCACAAGAUCGACUGGCUCGCCGACCUCGAGCGGCAGGCGUUCACGCUCAACACGCACUACCUCGCCGACUACCGCGACAAGUUCCUCGCGCAUUACAAGGGCGCGCGCCAGGCCGGCGAGCACGGCGACUUCAUCGAGCGCAUCAGGGGGUACGUGCCCGCGGGCGAGGACGAGGAUGCGAUCAGCAAGAUCCUCUCCGGGCUCGUCGAGCUGGGCGUCGCGGGCGUCAAGCCCGAGGACAUCCCCAAGCUCCUCCCGCCGGACGAGAUGGAGCCGGCGAUUGAGAUCAUGGCCGACGUGCGCGCGUACUUCCAGGUUGCGUACAAGCGCUUCGUCGACAAUAUCCCCCUCGCCAUCGACCAGGAGCUCGUAUACGGCAUCGAGCGCGAGAUGUACUCGGCCCUCAUGGCCGGCCUGCACGUCAACGGCCCCGAUGGCGACCACCUCUGCCGCGAGUAUGCCCAGGAGAGCCCGCAGGCGGCGUCGAAGCGCGAAGAGCUUGAGAAGAAGCUCGAGCGCCUGUCGGGCGCGAGUGAGGAACUCCUGAACCUGGGCAGGUCUUGAAUGGGAUGCUCGAAGUGCUUUUCUUCUUACAUGUCGUUCUUGCCGUUGUUGUUACCCAUCUAUCUGUGUUCCUUGUACUGUUCGAUCUGUGGUUCAAUUGAUUGCCUGCUUCCCUUGCCCU